AAAAAGAAAGAAAAGAGCAGUGUCUGUGACUGUGCCGCCAGCUUUAACACAUCCAAAGCGCAUGCCAUGUGCCGGGUUUGACUGUGCAAGGAUCGGAGGGGAAGAAGAAGAAGACGCUCACAACGCUAGAAAUCCGAUGAGAGGAACGGCUCAGAGAGAGUGAGCUGCCGUAGAUUGUCCAAAGGGGCAGCGUUUCUCACAGUUCCGGUUUGUCUGUCUGUGUGUGCGCGCUGUGUGCGAGAGUUGGGACCCCAAACAAAAGGCUGCCAUCAUCCUACAGGAUAUCUUCAGCUUGCGAGAGAGAGAGAGAGGGAGAGAGAAAGACCGAAUCUGCUUGAUGCUUAACCGAACAUGAGCUCCUAUUUUGUUAACCCUCUUUUUUCUAAAUACAAAGGCAGCGAGUCACUGGAGCCAACUUACUACGACUGCAGGUUCCCACAAAGCGUCGCCCGCAGCCACACGCUAGUUUACGGACCCGGUGCCGCCGCGCCGGGCUUCCAGCACCCGACCCAUCAUGUUCAGGACUUUUUCCACCACGGAACCACGGGGAUCUCCAAUCCGGGAUACCAGCAGAACCCCUGCGCUCUCGCGUGCCACGGCGACGCGACUAAAUUUUAUGGAUACGAAGCCCUUCCGAGGCAAACGCUUUAUGGUGCCCAGCAAGACGCGAGCCUAGCGCAAUACCCGGACUGUAAAUCGUCGAGCAGCUCUAACCCCGGAGAAGGACAAGGCCACUUAAAUCAAAACUCCUCUCCCAGUCUUAUGUUUCCUUGGAUGAGACCCCACGCCCCAGGCAGAAGGAACGGGAGACAAACCUACAGCCGCUACCAGACCCUCGAACUGGAGAAGGAGUUCCUCUUCAAUCCUUAUCUGACCCGCAAGAGGAGGAUUGAGGUGUCCCAUGCCCUGAGCCUCACCGAGCGUCAGGUGAAGAUCUGGUUUCAGAACAGGAGGAUGAAGUGGAAAAAGGAGAACAACAAAGACAAGUUUCCUGGUCAGAGAGGGGAGGCCGAAGCCGAGGCCGAGGAAGAGGGCAACGAGGACGGUGAAGGGGACGAGGGGGAAGAGAAAGAAGCGGAAGAGAAAGAAGAAAGCAAGGAGUGAUUUUUAUGGUCCUUUUUAUGGUUAUAUGGCUGGAAACGAGAGAAAAAAAAAUGAGAGCGGUCCCAUAAACAGACGAAGAGCCACAAGGAGGCAGAGAGCGUCAUUUUUAUGACCACCCUUCCCAUUUUGUCAAGAGGGAACAGGAAUCCCACCAAUAUUGCUGUCAUAAAUAGACAGAAUUCUCUUUCUCCCCCACUCGUUUUCCCCAACAUGAUCCCAACAUUGCCAUUUCGAAGACGCCAUGCAAAGCUAGUAGAAUUUUCUUUAAUAUUAGGACUCUCACCCAUGCACAGAAAUACAAGGGGCAAUUAAAAACGCAUGUUAGAUUGAAAAUGGCUUUGUUUCCAUAGUUUCCUUUUCUUCAAAUUUGCUUUUCGUAUCAAAGAAGUCGGAAUUAGAACGUGAUCAAUAACGCCGACUUGUUGUAAAUAGAUGCAAGAACAUUUCAGACUCGAAGCUAUAAAAGAAACGUAGGGCCUGUAACUUAUUAGUGAGUGUUCAGACAUCAUCGCACUGUUACAUCAGGCUGUAAACGACAACAUUUCGAUUUGAUUUUUUACAAUAAUUACAUUUCAUUUCCUUCUGAUUUUUUACGUGAACGGCGCAUAGCCAUGAUAGCUCCUCCAACAUCCUUCGCUUUUCCUCGGAUCACCAGGGAAAUACAACUGUUUGAAAUCCUUUGAUGCUACCUAUGUAAACCUGGGGGAAAUUGCAAUAGAGAUUUCUGAAUAUAGAGAUUUCAUAUGGUUUUUAAUUUUUAAAGCGUUCUAUAGCAACCUUAUAUUAUUAAGUUAUGCGUGUAGCAUUUACCCGAAAAUACAAUAAACACUUGUUGAAGACUAUUUUUCUUUUUCUUUUUAUUAUUAUUUCAUUUUGGAGUCUUGGGAAGACGAUUUAGCUCAAAGCCAAGCGAACAAAUUAUUAUGACUAUUUUUUUUUUGUUUUGUUUAGGGAAAUUGUACCACAGCACUACCUAAAGCUCAGAGCUCUUUCCUCGCAUCAUUUCUUAUAUUCCACACAUGCGUGGCAUCGCUCUGAUCUGAUUGCAAGCUAUUUUCCCCAACAACUAAAAACUGCCUACGACGCACAAAAACUGCGUUUUAAUGACACCUGCAACAACGACAAGAAUUUUAAAGUUUUAGAAAGGGAACUUUUUAUUUUACUGUUCUGGUGAUAUAGAGUAGUUGUUUGUUUGUUUUUUUUUCUUUGCACUGAAUAUAAUCUUUAUGUACGUCUUGUUCUAUAUUGAUGUUAACAUAACAAUAUGCUCGUUUUCUUGUUGUUUCUCCUGUGAAAGACGGAAUUGUGUGUUCCCUCAUGCCCCGCCCCCCUCGCCAUUGUUGAUGUAAAAUCACAAAUAAACAAGAUGGCUCACAUUCA